AUGCCACCGUCAAAACUCAGAGAUGUAAUAAAAAGCCGACAAGGUUCUAUAAUAACAGUAGCUGGGCCAAUGGUGCGUUAUUCAAAACUACCUUUCAGAAUACUAUGUGGAUUUUAUGACGUUGAUAUCAUAUAUACACCAAUGAUACUAGCCAGAGAAUUUGUUAGAAAUGAAGUAGCAAGAUAUUCGGACUUCACAACUAAUGAUCAAGAUAGAUGUGUUAUUGUACAAGUUGGAGUAAACAAUGUUGAAGAUUUUAUGAAAUUUGUUGAUAUGAUCCAUCCAUUUGUUCAAGGGAUUGGAAUUAAUUGUGGAUGUCCUAUACCUCUUCAAGUAAGAGAAGGUAUUGGAGCUGCAUUAAUGAGUGAACCUAAUUUGGUUUCGAAUUUAAUCAAGACUGCUAAAUCAAAAUAUGGUGAUAAAAUUUUCAUUGAUACCAAGAUAAGAAUACAUAAAGAUUUGAAUGAUACCAUAGAGUUUGUUAAAAAAGUUCAAGAUGCAGGAACUGAUAUGAUAACUAUUCAUGGUAGAACUAAAACUACAAGAUCAUCAGUACCUGUUAAUCUAGAUGCGAUAAAGUUAUUAAGACCUUAUAUAAAAGUACCAGUGAUAGCAAAUGGUGAUUGUUUCACUUUAGAAGAUUGUAAUAAAAUUGUUGAAUAUACAAAAGUUGACGGAGUAAUGUCGGCAAGAGGUAUACUAGCGAAUCCAGCUUUGUUUAAAGGUUAUAACAAAACUCCUUGGGGUGCAGUAGAGAUGUUUAUGGAUUUAACUACAAGUUAUGGUUUACCAUUUAAAAUUUCACAACAUCAUGUUUCACAAUUUUUGGAAAAUAUGGAAAUAUCGAAAAAAAUAGUAAAGCAGCUUAAUGAUUGUAAAAAUAUGAUUGAAAUGAUUGAUUUAAUGGAUGAUUAUUUUGUUGUGAAAAGAUCAAAUGAAGAAAACUUUGCAACUGCAAUAGAACCACAAUUUAGAAAUCUACAGAAAGAUGAAUUUGUAAAAAAACCACUUUAUGUAUAA